AUGGCCAUCGAGACAACCGUUGUUGACCUCGUCGACGCCUGGGCAACGUGCACACCAGAGGCAACUGCAGUGGAGUGGAACGGGCAAAGGCUCAGCUAUGCCGGUUUACGAGAUGCAUCCCUGCACGUCAGUCAAGCCCUCCUUUCAGUCGGAGCUGGUACUGGCGACAAGAUCCCGAUCCUCUCACAGAUGUCCUUGGAGCUUCUGCCUGCUAUUUUGGGCGUCCUCAGGGUUGGUGCUUGCUAUGUGCCCAUUGACAUGGCAGCCUGGAGCAAUGCAAGAAUCGACGGCACGCUCGAGGACAUCUCGCCGCGGGUGGCCAUUGCAACCAGCCAGCCAGACACCCAACGCGUACCAGUGACUGUCUUCUUCCAAGAACCAUGGCUUCAAUCGUCGUUUUAUAACGUGAAUGAUACGUGCAGCCAGUUGGACGCCAUCCGUCGGGGUCUUGAUACGAAUGCACUGGUGUAUAUCACUUUUACGUCUGGCACCACGGGAAAACCAAAGGGGGUGAUGAUCUAUCAUCAGGCUCUCUCCAAAUUUGUGUCAUUGACCGGCGGGGACUGUUUUAACACGGCUCCCGGGGAACGUGUGUUGCUGGCCUUUUCCAUUUCGUUUGAUGCAUGUGCGGCGACCAUUUGGACAACAAUCACCAGAGGUGGAGCCUUGGUUAUGGCGCCUUGGUCAACAUUCCCCGAAUUGGCCACGACCUGCGAUAUUCUAAUAAUGACCCCGUCGAUGCUUGCCACGUUGCAUCCAGCUGGGCCUUUUGACAAGGUGCGCAGUCUCUAUCUGGGUGCCGAGGCCCCCAACUUCGACAUCGCGCGUCAAUGGAUUACCCCCACGCGAAAAGUGAUCCAUACUUACGGCCCCUCAGAGGCGACCAUUGUUAUCGCCUUUGGAAGAGUAACAGCAGACUCAGAGCCAGACCUAGGCGUGAUUAUCCCCGGAGUGCAGGUUGAUCUUGUAGAUGAGAACCUGAGGGAAAGCGGUGUUGGCGAGAUCUUGAUAUCGGGUCCCUGUUUGGCCGCGGGAUACCUAAACAACCCCGAGCUUACAGCUAAGAAGUUUAUCAGCUGGAAUGGAAAGCGCGCAUACAGGACCGGUGACUUGGCUAGGAGGACGAAAACAGGACUAUUGUGGAUUGGUCGGAUAGACCGCAUGGUAAAGAAUCGUGGAUUCCUCAUCAACCUGGAGACGGAGGUCGAAACUGGGAUGCUCCGAUUCAGCAACGUUCGGGCAGCGUCUGCUUUCAUGUGGCGCAAUAAACUAAUGGGGUUCGUGCAACCGGCUACUGUCGACCUCGAGGGGCUACGUGAGUUUAUGAGAUACCACUUUGACCAGUUCGUGGUCCCGGAUGAGUUCGUGACGCUAGACCAAUUCCCUCUCACAGCGCAUGGGAAGGUGGAUCGGGCCGCGCUGAACGGUCAAUUGGAAGAUAGAAUGGCGCAAGAGGACGCAGAUUUGGACACCUUUGUAUGUAGCUCGUCCUAUGAUGCGCUGCGGUGGGCGUUCGCCAAGUGCCUUCACGUUCCCUUCCAAAAUCUCACCAGGGCAUCGUCCUUCAGUCGACUUGGAGGUCACUCGCUGGCGGCUAUACUCGUGUCCAAGGCUCUGAUGCAGCAGGGUUAUGCUACCAGCGUUCUCAAAAUAAUUCGCGAAGACACCAUCGACCACCUGGAAACGAAGCUCACGAAGAUCGACGCACAGCUCAAGCUAGUCGAGUGCAAUGGUAGUGGUAAUGGUAUCGCACCAUUGUCAGAUGCAGCACCAGCUACCGACAUGCACAGACUGAUGUUGGCGCAGUCUGCGCAGAACCCCAUGUCAAAUGCUCUCGUCGUCAGUGGCAGGUUUGCAGGGACGCAGGAUGCCGUUCCAACGCCCCGCGAACUGCAAGUCGCGUGGGCAACGACUCUCGCGGCGCACAGCGUGUUCAAGACGCGAUACGACCUGCACACAUGGACACUGCACGACUUGGACCACGUGAACCUGGAUUGGCAGGAGGUUAUCGUCGAAGCCGACGACUUCGACAACACCCUCCUGUCCAUCGAGGAGCAGGUCUGGGCUCACCACCGGAAUCUGCAGAGUGUCCGUCUAGACGUCCCAUACUCCGACAUGACCUGCGUCUACGCGCCGGGACCCAACAGCAGCUGCAAAGCCAUCGGUUUCGUCUGGCGUCUACACCACGUCCUCAUGGAUAUCUUCUCCUUCAUCAAUCUCACGUCCGACCUGGAGCAAGCCCUCACCAAAGGAGUAGUGACUCCGGGCCCCCGCAUCGCCGACUACGCUCGGUUCAUGGCAAAAUACAAGGCGGACAAUCUCGACGCUGCCACGGAAUGCUGGAAGGGCAUGAUGGAGCCGCUGUGUAAACAGUCAAUGUUCGACAUCCAACCACCGCAAAUACCCGCUCCUUUGAAAAGCGACGCCUGGCACAGGAUGUCAUAUACGACCCGGGAAACCGUAGCCUCCAUAGAAGCAUCAGUGAACGGGUACAACAUAUCCAGCGCGACCUUGAUCUUCGCUGCAUGGGCCCUCGUCCUAGCAAACUACACCGGCCAUCCUACUGCCUCAUUCUUCCUCAGCCGCUCAGGCCGCAUGGUCCCCUGGCCUGCAGCACCGUCUCUCGUCGCAGCCAUGAACUGCCGCGUUCCGUUCACAACAACUCUGCCCGCCACCUCAACAGUGCAACAAUGGCUGGGCGAGAUGCACAGCACACUCCACCGGGUCGCGGAGCUAGAGAAUCUCUGCCAGUCACUCGACCGCUCGAUCUACCCGGAGCCGUAUUUUAACACCGGCGUGCAGGCGUUCCUGUAUAUGCCGUCGGGGCCGCGCAGCUGGGAAGUACAUCAUCGGAUGACAGCGCAGGCGGAGUCGGUUGGCAUGGUUUGGAGGGUGCAGCCGGCGGAGACGGGGGCGGGGGAGAUUCAAGGUGAUCUGGAGAUUGAUACAAGGGUGGUGGAUUUGGGGUGGGCUGAGGAGGUGGGUGCUUUUGCGGUGGGGAUGUUGGAGAGGUUGGCGGGCGCUGAGGGGAGUAUGAGGCUGGGACAUUUGAUGAGUGGCAGUAGUUAG